UAAAUGGCAGCAGCCUCAGCUCUGCAGCCAGCACAACCCAGGGCUGAAAGGAAAAGUCAGAGGAGAGAAUUACUGGAUGAGAGUGACCAUGGACUUGAUCCCAAACUUUUCCAUAGAAACCUGGAUCCUCCUGGCUACCAGCUUGGUGCUCCUUUAUCUAUAUGGGACCUAUCCACAUAGAGUUUUUAAAAAGUUGGGAAUUCCUGGCCCGAAACCUCUGCCCUUUGUUGGAACUAUUCUUGGUUAUCGUAAGGGCAUUGUAGUUUAUGAUGUAGAAUGUUAUAAAAAAUAUGGAAAACUUUGGGGGUUGUACGAUGGUCGGCAGCCCUUGCUGGCGAUUACAGAUCCAGAUAUGAUCAAAACAGUGCUGGUGAAAGAAUGCUACUCUACCUUCACAAACCGCCGGGCUUUUGGACCAACGGGAUUUAUGAAAAAUGCUGUCUCCAUCUCUGAGGGUGAGGACUGGAAGAGAAUAAGAACAUUGCUUUCCCCCACCUUCACCAGUGGGAAACUGAAGGAGAUGUUCCCCAUCAUUCGUGAGUUUUCUGAUGGGUUGGUGAAAAACCUGAGACCACAAGCAGAGAAAGGCAAACCUGUAGCAUUGAAAGACAUCUUCGGAGCCUACAGCUUAGACGUGAUUACAGGGACAUCAUUUGGGGUGAACAUCGAUUCCCUCAACAACCCACAGGACGUAUUUGUGGAAAAAGUCAAGAGGCUCCUAAAAUUUAGUUUGUUUGAUCCAGUGUUGUUCUCAGUAGCACUCUUUCCAUUCCUUACACCUGUUUAUGAGGCAUUAAAUAUCAGCAUGUUUCCAAAGGAUGUUAUAAAUUUCCUAAGAACUUCUGUAGAAAGGAUGAAAGAAAGUCGCCUCAAGGACAAAGCAAAGCACCGAGUGGAUUUAUUGCAGCUGAUGAUUAACUCCCAGAAUUCCAAAGACAUGGAGUCCCAAAAAGGUCUCUCUGACCUGGAGCUAGCAGCCCAAUCAAUUAUCUUUAUUUUUGCUGGCUAUGAGACCACCAGCCUUACUCUUUCUUUUACUAUGUAUCUAUUGGCCCUUCACCCUGAUGUCCAAAAGAAGCUGCAAGAGGAAGUUGACAGGACUUUACCCAAUAAGGCACCUGUCACCUAUGAUGCCGUGAUGGAGAUGGAGUAUGUGGACAUGGUGGUGAACGAGGUUCUCAGGCUGUACCCCAUUGCUGGCCGACUUGAGAGGGCCUGUAAGGCAGAUGUGGAAAUCAGCGGAGUGGUUAUUCCCAAAAACACCGUGGUGAUGGUACCAACUUACGCUCUUCAACGGGACGCCAAGUACUGGCCAGAGCCUGAGGAAUUCCGCCCUGAGAGGUUCAGCAAGAAGAACAAGGAAAGCAUCAAUCCUUACAUCUACAUGCCCUUUGGAGCUGGGCCCAGAAACUGCAUCGGCAUGAGGUUCGCUCUCAUGAACAUCAAACUUGCUCUUGUCAGACUCAUGCAGAAUUUCUCCUUCCAACCUUGUAAGGAGACCCAGAUUCCUUUGAAAUUAAUUGAUCAAGGACUUCUUCAACCUGAAAAACCCAUUGUCCUAAAGAUUAUUUCAAGAGAUGGGACUGUAAGUGGAGCAUGAUUUUCUGCAAAGAUUUUUCUGCUGUGUUUUUUAAGGACUUUUAUCCAGGAGCACUAGAAAAUUGAUUGAUUGUGUGUGGGGGAAAAAGAACCCCUCAGAAAUGAAGCCAGGUCUGGUCUUCUUCUGUGAAUUUGUGAUUAGCAAUUCUAGACAAUUUCAAGUUUGUUCAAUGGCUGUAUGUAUGGGCUUUUAUCUACUGGGUGCUAUAAAGGAACUGACUUCCUGUUCUCCCAGGAGUAUUUCUUUCUCUCAUCAUUUUUGCCAUUCUCUGAUCAGAGCACAGGCAUUUAUCACUAAUCUUAUCAGCAAUUAGGAAAAGGAGAGUUCUUGUGAUGACCUGUGAUCAAAAGUCUAUGUCCAAUGUUUUAUUUGCAUCAUUCUACUAUGUGAAUUGUGUUGAGAAAGCUGAUAACAAACUCCAUUCUGCAAAGAUUAUGAUUAUGAGGCCUCUACCCACAGGAGAGGCUGAAAGAGGAUUUUCCAUUUUUAUCAUCAGAACCAGUGAUUGCUUGGGGUCUGUUUCAAGUCUCCAAUUAGAUUAUUCAUCAUCCACAGGGUUAAUCUGCCAUGUUCUUCCUCAUUGAAGGUGUAUUGCUCAUCUGAUGCUCCCAUUUCUAAGUUCAUGUUUUUGUACCACUCUACUGAGAUGUGUUGUAUUGGGUUUUGAUCUAAUGUUUCUAUCUCAUCUCCCCCCAGUAUACCUUUGUAAUCCAUUUUCAUCUCCCCACUGUGUUAAUAUAAUGAACACUGA